CCAUUUCUGAAGUCAGAGCGGAGUGACGUCCACCGGCCCAUGUAGAUUACACAUGGUAGUUUUUUUGUUUUGUCGUAAUAAGUGUUUAAAUCGAAAUAAUUACUAACUAAUUUAAAUUUUUGUGUGCGAUUUCUCGUCGUUCCAAGUGAGCGAAUAAAAAAUACAUUACAUACAUCUACAAGAGAGCCUGCAUUUGCAUUGGCUUUGUUUUGUUGUUAGCAGACGACAAACAACAACAACAGCAAUCGCAGCAACAAACGGUUAAUUUGGUACGUCGUCGACAUAGAAGCGGGUACGAGAAGAUUGCCGUUGACCUCGACCAUAGCCAAUCAAUUUACAAUAGAGCGUAUUUUGUGUAAUAUUCUCGAUUGGAAUUGUUCUUGUGACAGUGCAAUAAAAUAGACAAUAGUAAAAAGGAGGACAAGCUCCAUUUUUGCAAUAGUGAUAAUUGUGCCUAAAAAAUUAAAUUUUAUUAAAAAAAUAAUAUAUUAUGAACCGCACCAGAAGAAAGAUAGUGCGACCAAAGAAUCCCUAUGCAACUGCCAACGCCUUCUCACGCUGGAGUUUCUGGUGGAUGCGGGAUCUGUUUAAGCGCGGUCUCCAGGGCCCAUUUACAGAUGACGAACUGUAUCAGCAUAGGAAGUGCCUUGACAGCGAGCGGGUGACGAAAACUUUUAGUGACUUGUGGGACGAUGAACUAAAACGCAGUAAUCCCAGUAUAAUCCGUACGAUAUGGCGGGCUUAUGGUGCCGUGUUCCUGCCUUUGGGCCUAAUCUAUGCAUUUCUCGAGACUUGUUGCAAAUCGCUAAUGCCACUAUUUUUGGGCGGCUUUGUUGGAUAUUUUGCCACAGAUCAAACCACAGUAACCGUGGACGAAGCAUACAUCAACGCACUGGGCAUUGUGAUUUGCAUGCUGAUACCUGUGAUAACAUUUCAUUCGUUCAUCUUCUACAUAUUUCAAUUGGGCACCAAAUUGCGCCUGGCAUUCUCGGGUCUCAUCUACCGCAAGUGCCUGCAAGUAUCCAAGAGCAGUUGCAACGAUGGUCUUCGUGCUCGAGCUAUAAAUAUAUUAUCAAAUGAUCUGGGUCGAUUCGAUGUCGCCCUCUGCUUUCUGCACGACACAUGGAAAGGACCCAUGGAAUCGAUACUAAUUGGAUAUCUAAUGUAUCGCGAGAUUGGACUUUCUGCUGUCAUUGGUGUCUCGUUUAUGCUUAGUUUUAUACCGCUCCAAGCGUGGGCGGCCAAGAAGGCGGCUUAUUAUCGGCAGAAGACAGCCGAACGCACCGAUAUGCGUGUAAAACUGAUGAACGAGAUCAUUCAAGGCAUUCAAGUGAUUAAGAUGUAUGCGUGGGAAAAGUCAUUCGCACGCGUCGUAGCCGAAGUGCGUCUCAAGGAAGUGAAGGCGAUACGUGGCACAAACUACAUUCAUGCAGCAUUAAGCUGUACCUCAAUGAUUUCACCAUUGUCCGUGUUCCUUGCGCUAUGCUCCUAUGUCUAUUUGGGCGAUGCGUUGACAGCAAAGAAGGUCUACACGGUCUCAUCGUACUUCAACAUGUUGAAUGAUUCCAUGGUACAUUUCUGGCCACUCUCCAUUACAUUCAUUGCCGAGGCUUUGGUUUCGGCAAAACGUUGCAAGGAAUUUUUGUUGGAUGGCACCAGAGCAGAGUGUCCCAGUAAUAUGGAAAACGACACAAUGCAGUCGAAGAACAAGCGCAAACUAACCGAGGAGGAUAAGAAGAAAAAUGUCGAACUAAAUGGUUCGCUUUUAACAAAUGGUCAGCCCCAAACAACUCAAGCACCGCACAAUCGACUGCGGGACUUUAGCCCAGAGACACCAAAAAAGAGUGUGAUAUUGAAAAACGUAUCUGCCUCAUGGGACAUCAGUGAUGGCCAUAAGACGUGUGCCAUUGAGAACUUCAGUACGGAAAUUCAGGAUCAGUCACUGACGGCUGUGGUCGGUGGUGUUGGGGCCGGCAAGUCCAGUUUUCUCAAUGUGCUUCUCGGUGAGGUGGGCAUUGAUCACGGCGAGGCGUUUGUGCACGGAAAGAUCUCUUAUGCCGCCCAGGAGCCUUGGGUAUUUGAAGGCACCAUACGCGAUAAUAUUGUGUUUGUGGAGGACUAUAAUGAACGUCGUUACAAGAAGGUUAUCAAAGUAUGUGCGCUGGAGCGGGAUAUGGAGCUGCUGCCCAGAGGAGAUUUGACUGUCAUUGGAGAGCGUGGUGUCAGUCUUAGCGGUGGCCAACGAGCUCGCGUCAAUCUAGCGCGUGCUGUAUAUCGCAAAGCCGACAUCUAUCUGCUAGACGAUCCACUCUCGGCCGUCGAUACUCACGUGGGCAAGCACAUUUUUGAGAAGUGCAUACGAGACUUUUUGUCUAACAAGAUACGCGUCUUAGUCACCCAUCAAGUGCAAUAUCUCUUCGAUGUGGAGCAUUUGAUCUUAAUGUCCGCGGGCAAGAUUACAGCCCAAGGCAGUUACCAGCAAUUGCAACGGUCACGACAGUUUCAAUUUCUGGAGCAAACCCAUGACGAGAGUGGAAUCGAUACGCAUAGCAUUGCCAGCCACAUGUCUCGCAGUGAUUCUGAGAAAAGUAUGGAGCAUCAUCAGCAUAAUCAGCUGCUCAGGCCCGAUGAGACGGUCGAGGAAACGAAUCAAGAACAACAAGCCGUAGGCUCGGUCAAGUUUAGUGUCUACGCUUCGUAUUUCAAAGCGUUGGAGAGCUCAUUUCUGCUAUUCGUCAUUGUGGUGCUGUUCAUUUGUGCCAGAGUUAUGCUCACAGGCGUGGAUUACUUCUUAUCGCGAUGGGUUAUUUGGGAAGAAAACAUUGCACUCAAUCGCACAACGAAUCUCUCAACCAAUGCAACGUUUGAUGAGUCGACUACUCCUGCACCUGUAAACGAUACCAUUCUAAUGUCUGAGGCCAGGACUGAAGAUAGCAUUCGUCAGGAGCUCGUCUUAUUCUAUGCCAUCAUGCUGAGCGCCACAUUCAUCGUAUACUUAAUGCGCACAUUUGGCUACUUCAGGAUGGGAUUGCGUAUCUCACUGCGCUUGCACGAUCGCCUCUUCCGUGGUAUCACACGGGCGACAAUGUACUUUUUCAACACGAACUCUUCGGGUCGCAUCUUGAAUCGGUUUUCGAAGGACAUUCGCACAAUAGACACUGAUUUAGCUCAUACGCUUUUAGAUUGCAUUUCGUUCGCCAUCGAUGUGUCUGGUGUGCUUAUCAUUGUCGCCAUUGCCAAUUAUUGGCUGCUAGUUCCUGCUGCUGUCAUUGUAGUGAUUCUGGCCUGUAUACGUUAUCUCUAUGUGAACUCAAGUCGCAGCAUAAAGCGAUUGGAGGGCAUAUCUCGCAGUCCAAUCUACUCUUUGACGAAUCAAACGUUCCAGGGUUUAACUACUGUAAGAGCACUGCAAGCACAGGGUGUGAUGGAGAGUGAAUUUCACGACUAUCAGAAUGCAAACACCUCAGCGUGGUUCCUCUUCCUUUCGUGUACGCGCGCCUUUGCCUUGUGGUCGGAUUUAUUGUGCAUUGGCUACAUGACCGCAGUGACAUUCAGUUUUUUGGUGCUGCCAAACGAAUUCACCAGUGGCGACGUCGGCUUGGCCAUAUUACACAGCACCACGAUGACAGGCAUGUGCCAAUGGGGCAUGCGUCAGACUGCCGAGCUGGAGAAUGAAAUGACUAGCGUCGAGCGUGUGCUGGAGUACACAGAAGUACAACCGGAGCCGCCACUAGAGACCGAAGAGAAAUUCAAACCGAAAACCGAAUGGCCAAGCAAAGGACGCAUAGAGUUCAUUAACUUCAAGCUGCGAUACUCGCCCAAAGAUGAACCUGUGCUACGGGAUCUUAACUUCACAAUUGAGUCGCGCGAGAAGAUUGGUAUUGUUGGUCGUACGGGCGCUGGCAAAUCUUCCAUCAUACAGUCCAUAUUCCGGUUGGCGUGCAACGAGGGCAUGAUACGCAUUGAUGACGUAGACAUUGAACAUAUGGGACUUCACGAUUUGCGCAGUCGAAUCUCAAUCAUACCACAGGAUCCAGUGCUGUUCUCAGGUACGUUACGCUAUAAUCUGGAUCCGAUGGAUGAGCGAACCGACGAGGAGAUGUGGAAAGCUCUGGGCGAUGUGGAACUGCGUUCGUAUGUCUCAACGUUAAUUGGUGGCCUUAAUUGCGUCAUGUAUGAUGGUGGAUCCAACUUCAGCGUAGGCCAGCGUCAGCUGGUUUGCCUGGCCCGCGCCAUUCUACGUAACAAUCGAGUACUGAUACUAGACGAGGCCACAGCCAACGUGGAUCCAGAAACUGACAAGCUCAUUCAACAAACGAUUCGAUCGAAGUUCGCUCAUUGUACUGUACUUACAAUUGCGCAUCGACUUCAUAGCGUCAUGGAUUCGGAUCGUGUACUUGUCAUGGAUGCAGGAGAAGCCCGCGAGCUUGGCCAUGCUUAUGAGCUAUUACAGCGACCUGACGGAUAUCUUCGACACUUAGUCGAUAAUACGGGCACAACAACAGCAUUUUCACUACAACAAAUGGCCGAGGAGAGUUACAGCAAGCGAUUGCUUGAUAAGGAUGCGAUUCCUCAGGAGCACAAUGUUACACCGGCACUUCAUGAGAAAUCAGAAUAGCACACAAACAUUUACUUACACGCACAAACUUGAUUAGGAGUUAGUGAAAGGGAACUGAAAGUAUUAUAAACAUGGGCAUCGAAAACAAAUUACUUUAAAAUGUUUCUUAGUUGUAAUCGUGUAAGUUCUUUCUAUUUCAUAUGAGUAUGUACAUAUGCUAACGUGAUUCAAUGUUAACCUGAUACUUAACUUUUAUGGCGAAUUUAUCAACAUUAUAUAGCUUAGUGUCUACGAAACUCGUAAACAAUUCAAGCCCAACAUGGAUGCAAACUUAAUUAAAUCACGCCCAGAAAUAAAUCACACACAAACUUGCUUGAGAUUCACAUUCAGAUGAAACUGAAAGUAUUAUAAGCACAAUUUGUACUUAACUUUAUCAUGUGUUUUGUAGUUGUAAUUGUAUUAGUUCAAUUCUGUAUAAGUCUGUAUAUACACAUAUACGUAAUCAGAUAUACUUACAUAUAAGCGUGAUUCAUUGUUAACUCGUUACUUAACUUUAAAGGUAAAUUUAUGAAUGUAACUCUUUCGCUAGGAUACUUUAAUGCCUCCGCUCUGUCUUCAUAUUUCAUAAGUAGAAACACAAAAGCAAUUUGCACAAAUCGAAGGAAAUCAAAUUACGCCAAGUGCUAUUUUUAUAAACAGUCUACUACUACUCUGUAUACUACAGAAACUACUACAUACAACAAUAUGUAGAGUUCUAACAUUGUACUUACGUAUUUACGUACAAAAUCUCAAUAAAGUGCCUGGGAAUGAUUAUACCAAA